UUGAAUUAGGAAUUCCGCUCGAGAAUCUUCGUUAAGACUUUGAAUUUGGAACUGUGAGAAAUUCAUUCGUUCAUCACCGUUAAGGUUUUGCCGUAAAAAUGAAGGACUUAGUUCAAAUUUGGAACAGAGUGACGGGAAAACAAUAUCCUAAUGGUGACAAGGAGUUGAGAGAAACGUCGAACAAUCGGCUAAAGAAGGGUGACAUUGAUACUUCGACUUUCGAAGCAAAUUUUUCCGAAUGCGAAGGACUGAAUAGCAAAUACGACGAAUUCGAAUUUACUGAGAGAAAAGAUGCUAUAAUAAACCGUCUUUUUGAGAGAAGAAAGAGUGGACACGUCGGGAGAUACCCUAAGGGAUUAUUCGUUCUUCUCAUGUUCGGAUUCUUCUCGCUGGCAGCGGGUUGUUUCAUAAUGUUCCUACACCCCUACGACUUCUUCUUCAAAAUGAAAGUGGAGCUCAAAGAUGGCGGCGAGAUCUUCGAGAUGUGGCGGAAGCCUUCUGUAGAACUCUACUGCAGAGUAUUUCUGUUCAACGUUACUAACGCCGAAGAGUACAUGGCCGGGAUCGACGACAAGCUCAAGUUUCAGGAGAUUGGACCUUACGUGUACAGGGAGAGCCUUGAGCAUGAAGUUACGAAGUUCAACGACAACGGUACCCUUUCUGCCAUCCCUAAGCACCCUCUCACCUGGGUGGAAGAACUCUCAGAAGGCCAUAAAGAGGACGACGUUGUUUUCAUGCCCAAUAUAGCCUUAUUGAGUAUAGCCCACGUAGUUGCACCGCAAGGUUUCAUGACGCGAUUUGGACUGAACAACCUCAUUACCGUAACUAACAGCAAACCUCUCGUUAAGAUGACUGCGAAAGAGUUCAUGAUGGGGUACAAAUCGGAUCUCAUGACUUUGGGCAACACCUUCAUGCCAGGAUGGAUAUAUUUCGAUCGGUUGGGAUUAAUCGACAGGAUGUAUGACUUCAACGGCGAUUACGAAACAAUAUUCACUGGAAGCAAUGAUAUUUCCAUCUCUGGACUCAUAGACACAUACAAGGGCUCAACCGACCUUCCUCAUUGGGACGGAAAACAUUGCUCCAAUGUACAAUAUGCUUCGGAUGGCACCAAGUUUAAGGGAGAUCUGAAGAAAAAUGAAAGCAUUUUGUUUUAUAGGAAGAGUCUUUGUCGAGCUGCGCCUAUGAUACCGACAAAAGACGGAAUAAAAAGUGGUCUAAAAGCUGUUAUGUACACUUUCCCUGAACACAUGAUGGACAACGGCAAGGUGCAAGAAGAUAAUAAAUGCUUCUGUAGGAAAGGCAAAUGCCUUCCCGAGGGUCUGAUCGAUGUGACAGAUUGUUACUACGGUUUCCCCAUCGCGUUGUCCUAUCCACACUUCUGGAAAGGAGACGAUGUGCUCUUCAGCAAAGCUGAGGGGAUGGCGCCGAACCAGGAGCUGCAUGAAACCAGGAUCUGGAUCCAGCCAGAAUCCGGUCUUCCCUUGGACGUGAGCGCGAAGUUCCAGAUCAACAUGGCUCUUGGGGACAUCACCAACAUUAAGAACACUGAACGAUUCGCUAACAUGCAUCUGCCUAUGCUUUGGUUUGAUAUUAGAAUGUUUGCCCUGCCACCGUCGAUGGAGCAGCGUUUCGGACUAUAUUUAAACAUACUGCCCACAGUCGAGCAAGGAGCUAUGUACCUCCUCUUCGUUGUUGGAGCUAUCCUGAUCAUCAUCACCAUAUACCGUCUUACCUUUAAGAUUAUGUUCAAAUCCUUUGACAGCAAGAACAAUAGAAACUUCAUAAUUGGCAGUGAUCUAUGGAUUGACAGAAACAAAAACAAAAAAGAUAAAGAUAGCGUUUACGUACCUUGUGAAAUACCUCUUAGCGAAACUGAUACAGAUUACAAUACAGACUACAGUCCUCGGAAUGAUGUUGAAAAACGGCCAUCUUUGUAUAAAACUCAUAGUGAGAGGUUCAAAGAGCUUAGCUAUAGGUUGAGUGAUAAAGUCUAUGAUUCAGUAGGUAGUUUAAAGGAUAAAGUAAGGGAAAUUACUCAUGUCAAAAAUAUAUUUAAAGACGAACAAAGAGAUUCAUUAAUAGGGAAGAAUGAAUCACAAAGCAAUGAAGCGUAUAAAAGUGAUUCUAGUGACAGUGAAAAGGAAUGUAAGGGUAUUUAUCAAGCUGUUGGACAAUCUGAUUCAGACGAUGAUUGCAAAUAUUUAGAAGUAAUGGAUGAUGGCUAUGGUUUUAACAAUGCAACACAACAUUAUGAAACUGAAAGAGAAAAAAAUUUAAAAAAUUUAGACUCAAUGAAUAAAAAUGAUCUAAUGAUUCACAUAUCUGAUUCUGAUUGAAAUUUAACAUAAAUGUGAUAUUGAAUCUUGCCAUGAUGUAGAUGUCUACAUUUUGACUGUUUAAAGACUUGCCGCUACUCUUGCUAUCUUGUAAUUUAAGAUAAGUGUGAGUAGGAUAACUGUAUAUUGUUAGUGUCCAUUUAAAUCUGGUGUAGAAGAUGUGUCUGGUAGUUAAUUAGUUUUGGUAAACUAGCUACGGUAACGUCAGUAAUAGUUCUGCCUUCCCUAUGAAAUUGAGUUAUUGACAUAUCUAGGAUUAGGAAACCACAUCUAUAACCCCCUCUUUAACUUAUUUAGUGUCAGUUUUAUUGCUAAAUAAUAUCAUCGUAAUUGGCAUUUUUUUUAGGUUUGAAUAUCUAGAAAGUUACCAAAAUACAAAUGCGUUGGUUAUAACAAAGAGGGCAGAGUUGAUAGUCCCAUGAAAAAAUUCAAUUCUAAAAUUGCUCAAGUAAAUACUAUUUGUGCCAAAGUUUUCAAGUUCAGACUACACGUUAUUGUAAUGUAAGAAAGUUCGGUUGUAAAUGCAAUGAGUUUGUUAUAGCAUAUAAUUUAAAAUAUUAAGGUGUUAGUAUGCUUAACUGUACAGUUAGAUUUUAGACUGAAUUUACUUUAAUUAUCCUUACUUAUUCUGACAUAUAAGAUCACACAGUGAUGAAAAACAGAGGUACUUUUGUCAGUAAUGAAAGCAUCUAAUUUAAAAUUUCUCUUGUGCUGUUUACCAGCUGGCCAUCUAGCUUGCGUCCAGUGCCAAAUAAAAACCUUUUAUUUAAAAAAGAAACGUAAUAAAUAUAUUUUUUAAGUACUAAUGCAAUUUUUUUACAUAAAAAUUUCAAGAGUUUUCCAUAAUUCUGUGAGAAUCUAAUCUAUUUAACGAAAUAUUUAGAGUUUCAAAUUCUCAAAUGUAUUGAUGAGAUUAUUUAUCAUUAUUGUGCCAGUGAUUUGAAAAUUUAGAAAUAUCUAUAAAUUUUAAAACAAACUGUAUAAAUAAAUAUCUUUA